UUGUGUUCUGAAGAUGAACGGUCUUAUGGUUUUGAAAUGACAUGAAGGUGAGUAAUUAAUGACUAAAUUUUGAUUUUGGGUGAACUAUCCCUUUAACAUAUAAUGCCCUGACAGAUUUUUUUAUUUUUCUACAGAUUUUUUCCCCCUACAGUGUAGGGAUUGACAAGAGGAUAGGUUUAUAAUUUUUAUUAUAUUCUUUAUAAUAUUUCUUAUAUAAUUCUUCUAUAAUUUCUUAAUUAUGUAUAAAAAAUAUUAUUAAAAAUUUUCAAGUUGUUUUGGAAGCUGUUUCUCUGUGUCAACUUGAUUCUUUCCACCAGUUCUUGAGCCACAAAAUUGCUCCCUGUAGACGUCAUUUAGUAAACAACCAAAUUGGCUGAUAUGCAUCUAUUCUGGAUCCAAUAAGGUAAUCACUCUCUUUAAAGUGUAUUGCAGGUCCUCUUUAGAGUUACUGGACAAAAGUGCGAGUUUAGGUACGUUCACACAGCUGCUGUUGAAUGCUGGGAGUCAGCUACAGGCCAAACCUGUUGAGGGCGUUUGGGACAGACUGCUCUUUGUGAGGCCUUUUCUGUGAAACUCAUGCCAGAGCAGCUGUUCAGACACACGGGCCUCAUCUCUCGUCUUAUUCUCACAGUCGAUGCUCUUCAGAUCCUUUCAGAGCCCCAGAGGAGCACAGACAGAGAUCUCCACUGCCUUCGCUGCGUUCUGUCAUAACCUUUUCGUGACAGCGAUGCCUAAAAUAGCUCGCCUUUCUCAGUGGUCGAGGGGCUUGCUGAAGGAAUGUUUGAAGGCAUUGGAUUAUGAUCCUCAAAUAGGGUGAAUAAAAGUUUUUGUGCUGUUUUAUAGAUCCAGACAUUCUCUGUGAAGAACGAGAAUCCAACUGAUCAGAUGAGAGAAGGGACAGAUCCUGAGAUGAGCAUGUCAGUCGGUGGCUACCUCUCUGCAUCAGACACAUUUGACAUCACAGAGCCGCCACAGUACUAUGACAGGAUUGAAGGCCAGUAAAGAGACCACCACACUGCAGAAGGAUAUUUAUGGAUGACAUGGAAAAACAGAGAUGGAUUUGCUGGAACUGGUUGGAUGAAGUGAGUUUUACUCAAAUAUAGGUUUUUCUCAUGUGAAAUAUUAUAUUCACUUGCUCGUUGUCACUACUAGUUGUAAAGUGUCCAUCAAAACUUCUUACUUGUGCAGAUGUGCUUCAAAAUAGCUGCCAGUUGUGACAUAUGUUCCCUCUGUGGAGGAAAUCUAAAAUCCAUCUUCACAACCUUCCCUCCGACAGAAAAAACAUCAGGAAGGCUCCGUUCUGUAUGGUUAUAAAAAACCCAUAAGCUACAAAGCAAAUAACAACCAUAAACAAAACUGUAACCUCUUCAGCUGCAUCCUGUUUCCAGAGACAGAAAAGAUUCAAAAGGUCUUGCUCUGGGAUUUUUUUUAUUAUGUCCCACAGGCCUCAUAAAAGUUGUUAGGUAAUUUGAGAAUCAUGUGAGAAAGGAACAUAUUUCUUGUGAAUCGUUUCAUUCAUCAAGAUGUCCUUCAAUGCUUGCUGCAGAUGUUCUUGUGGAUCCACUGAGCUGCUCUUACCAGGAACCAGAUCUACAAAGUCCUCUCUAUGGCCAGCAGCCGUUUAGCAAUGUCAAUGUGCAGUUUUCAAUGUACGGAGCGCCAAAUGCUCAAGCGUGCAACCCGCCAUACCCCUACAGCCAUCAGUGCUCUGAGUUCACCUGUGAGCCAGACAUGGAGGUCCAAAGCCCAACAAGAGGCAGCAUUGUCGGACUUCCAGUGUUGAAAAGGCCCAGGAUGGGCCAUGGAGCUCGAGUGAAAGGCCAGGAUGAGCUGUGUGUGGUGUGUGGAGAUAAAGCCUCGGGAUAUCACUACAAUGCCCUCACCUGUGAGGGAUGUAAAGGUUUCUUCAGGCGCAGUGUGACUAAAAAGGCUGUGUACCGCUGCAAGAGUGGCGGAAGCUGCGAGAUGGACAUGUACAUGCGGAGAAAGUGUCAGGACUGCAGACUGCGCAAGUGCAGAGCCGUCGGGAUGCUGGCAGAGUGUCUGCUUACAGAGGUGCAAUGCCAGUCGAAGAGACUGAGAAAGGGCUCCAAGCACAGAGGACACAACGGGUCAGCAGGAAGAACUGAAGAUGACUACUCUGAAAACAGAAGCGUCUCAUCCACCAGCAAAUUCACCACACGUGUAUCCGGCUUCUCCAGAGAGCAGAGAUGCAUUCUGAAUAGAAUUGUCGAGGCUUAUCGUAGAUACAUAAUUCAAGACAACACGCACUGCCGGGUGCCUCUCUGGUCAAGUUUGACAAGCAGUGUAGAUCUGACUCCUCCUCAGACAGAAAAGCUUUUGCAAUUUUUAAGGAGCGUACCUGGGUUCGAGCUUUUGGAUAGUUCUGACCAGAACACUCUUCUGUCCAGCUCUUCAGUUGAAGUCAUGUUCCUGCUCUUAGCUCAGCAGUUCUCCGAAAACCCCACUAGUGUUAGCAAUGCUUUAUACCCAGCAAAUUUGAAUAACUCAAACCAUUUUGAGUCCAAGACUGGGCACAGCCACAGGACAUUGACACACUCAGGGUUGAAUGAUGAGUUCUUGAGGUCUGUGGUAAAUUUCCUCCACAGCAUGGUGUCUAUUGCUGUAACCGAGGCUGAAUAUGCACUUCUAACAGCGACUGCAGUGUUAUGUUCAGACAGGCCGUCUCUGCAUGCGGUGGGCUGUGUUGAGAACUUACAGGAGUUUGUUUUGGAGCUCUUGUCCCGAGCUUGCUGCUGCUGUAGUAGUCAGGGGACGCCACAGGAUCCGCGACGCUUCGCCAGGCUCCUGGGACGGCUGACGGAGCUGAGAACACUACGACACAACCACCUCACCCUUCUCCCACAGCAACCCUGGGACAUGCAGUCAUGAGACAGCCUGUAGGGAGAGAGAUUUAUGACAUCUGAUAUCUGUUGCAAUACACUUUUAAUUGCCCAGAACAAUAUCCCAGGUCAGUGUACUUUUGGUUACCCAUGUACAAACAUAGUUUAGUUUAUUAAAAAAAAAAUAAAACAAAUGUAAGCCUCAUGAUGUGAUGGUUUCUUAUAUGCGUUAAAUAAAAAAUGUUUACUUUG